UAUUUUACUCAUUCCAUGCUGAAAUUUAGAUCAAUUCUUCAAAAAUGUCUUGCUCUGAAAAUGAUCCGGAGUAUUUGGCGACUGACGAGUGUAAAUACGAAUAUCUUGAUCACACAGCUGAUGUACAGCUGCAUGCUUGGGGUGAUGACUUAAAAGAAGCUUUUGAGCAGUGUGCAGUCUCAAUGUUUGGUUAUAUGACAGAACUCAACACAGUCGACAUGGUGGACAAAAAAGAAAUCGAAGCUUCUUCGGAUGAUAUGGCAGGACUACUAUUCCAAUUCCUUGAUGAAUGUCUCUUUGUAUUCAGCUGUGAUCCAUAUUUUAUAGUCAAAAAAGUCAGAAUAAAUGAGUUUAAUAAAGAGAACUUUACAAUAAAAGCAACUUGUUAUGGAGAAGAAUUUGAUCUUGACAAGCACCCACAAGGAACUGAAGUAAAAGCCAUCACAUACAGCAAUAUGCAGAUUUAUGAUAAAGAAGACCAACAUGAAGUAUUCGUCAUUAUAGACAUUUGACAAACAUUAGGCAGUAGGCACUUGGGGGGGAUUUAUUUAUGAGGUUAUCAUCUGUCGAUUAUGAACAUAUUGAUAAAGUGAACAAUCAAAUCAUGAAUUUAUUUUACAUUUUUAAUUCUAAAAUUGUCAAACUCUGGGCAAUAACAUUAUUAAUUUCAAUAUUGUAAAAUAAUGUACAGUAUUUAUAUUCUUGUUUUAAUUAUAAACAAUGACCAUGAAUAAAAUAUGAGAUUGUACUCUAAAACAAUGAAUUAUUUGCGUUUGUUCAUCAAAGAGGAUCAUGGGUCAUUACACUGUACAGGUUUCCAGCAAAACUGUUAUAGCAGUUCAUCUGAAAUUUUCAGGGAUAUUUCUAC